GCCAGAUAUUAUGGCUUCCUCGAUUCCCGUCAUCCUCUGCGGCCGCACCGAAGGCAUCGGCGCAGGGGUAAUCGAGGCCCUCAAACCCGAAAUCGAAGUCAUUCACUUCAUCCUCACACCCGAAGCGGGUAAAAACCAGAUACCGGCGCUUUUGAAAGGCGACAAAAACGUGCUGUCGGAUUCUGGCCUAGGGUCAAAGAAUUACGAGCGCACUGCGGAAGCUUUGUUGUUGGGGGCUGGAUAUAGUGAAGAAGAGAUUGAAGAGAUGCGUGAGGCGAGCAAGGAGGUGAAAGGUGUGCCGUGGCUGCGACCGGAUACUGAAAAGCCGGCUCCGCCGCUUGGGCCGGAAUAUGGAAAGGCUUUGGUUGCGAGGAUCAAGGAGACAAUGAAUGGACUGGCGGAGAAGGGUGAGAUGGGGCAGGAUGCGGUUGUGUGGUAUUGAAAAGAGUGCGAAUGCGUGCCGCUCCUUUCAGUGAGCCCAAGUUCCUACGUCGACAAAGCGAAAUAAUGGGUACUUCUUCGGUCUCAACUCUGACGCUCAUAGAUCUCAUGUUGACUGGUGGUUUUUGUUUGGACCCAAGGGCCAUAUAAGGUUGUAGUUCUGCACUCACAUUAAACCCCU